AUGAGUGACGCGGGAGGGAAGGGAAGGGAGGAGGAACUCGAACGAAACCGGCCAAACGGCUUUAUCCAACGGUCGUGCGGCAGCGCGCAUUUUCGUUUCUUUUCUUCCUCACCGGCCCUACCUUUGCCCGAAAUAAAAUGUUUUCAUCCAAAACAAAAAGCAUUUUCCUUUGUAAUUUGUUAUUUAAUUGAUUAUAAAAUGGACUGUAUGUAUUGUUUAUGACGAUAAAACACUACUAGGAAACUUGCGAGAGAUUACGGGCAGGUGAAAUACUUUCGUAUUUCAAUAAUGAAUAGUUUUGUGUUCAGUUAGUGAAAAUGAAGUGUUCCAAAGAAACGAGUGUUCAGAAAAAGCACAGUCAAUUUAGCGACACUAAAUAUAAAUGGAGGACUGUGAUAGUGAUAUUAUGUUGCUUUAUUGAAUGUAAAGGACAAGAGUUGAGUGCGACAGAUCCUUACCUCGUAAACAAAUCAACUGGUUUAACGGAACUGCCGGGCGGUGUAUUAGCCGGGGGACGCACUGUUUGGAAACCAGAUAACAGUCCAUAUCUACUUCGGGAUGAUCUACUGCUGGAGAGAGAUGCAGAGCUGGUUAUAGAACCGGGAGUAGAAGUAAGAUUUGCUCCUAUGAUUGGAAUUACAGUACGAGGGAAAUUGAUCGCUGUGGGUGACCAUCAAAGUAAAGUGACAUUUACGAGCACCGAAGAAAUUGUUACAGAAGCGAAGCCUAUACCAGAUAUACGUCUUGUUGACGGACCAUCAAUCCUUGUUGGUCGUGUGCAACUGUUACACCGCGGACAAUGGCGAUCGGUUUGCACCAAUUCUAGAAACUGGACGAUCAAUGACAUGGAGACAGCAUGUCGGCAGCUCGGCUUCGUCGGUGGAUCCUUUUACAACUGGAUAGACCGACAGCCCGGCCGUAGAGCUCGCCUACUCUAUGAAGAGCCCAAGUGCAAAGGCACAGAAUACGACCUCUUCCAAUGCGAUUGGAAUUCAAGACAACUUGGUUCGGGAGUUUGCGAUUAUCACCCAGAUUUCGCUCUACGAUGCUUGCCUCGUCACGACGUGAACGGAAACCCCGCCAGACAUUGGAGGGGAAUACGAUUCGAGAACGCAGUAUUCGAGCGAGUGCUAACAUUAUCAAACACUUUAUAUGUUCCUACAUCAAUGUCACGAUUAUCGCACGUGGUAAUUAAAAAUGCGGGUCUAGGAAGAGAUAAUACAGCGACCAGUGCCUUAGACGUGGUCGGAGUUCCACCUGAAAUGAACGACUUGGAGGUAUCAAAUUCUGCGUUUAACGCUAUAAAUGUGACGUCACCAAAUGCACCUAUUGUCAUCAAUAAUUGCACGAUACAAAACAAUAGAGGUUAUGGCGUGUACGUGAACUCUACAUACGGCAUGGUAAAAAUAGAAAACUGUAUGAUACAUGAUAAUGGAGGUGACGGUGUCAGAUAUGUUGUUCAUGAGAUUAAUCUCGAUGAGAGAUUUGAUAGAAGCGAAAUUUUUGAUUUAUGCACCCUUGCUUCGACUCCUAGUCAGACAUUUCCCAUUCAAAUGUCCAUAGAACAAUCAAGGUACUCUAACAUGGAAAGAGAUUGUAACCAAAAAUUUUAUACAAUAUCCGACCACGUUCUCACGCUGAGUUUUCUCAAAAUUUUGACAAAUCAAAACGACACUGGUGAGAUAUAUGUUUACGAUGGACUGACGACUGACGACAGAUUGUUAUUGAGUUUCAGCUUAAGGAAUUUCACACGACCACAAAGUGUAACGUCGACUAGAAAUAGAAUGUAUGUAAGAUUUCGUGCCAAUACCAGAACUGAUAUCACGGGAUUUUUAAGGUUAACAUCGGGAGUCAGCAAGACCUACGAUUUAAAUGUAACCGACACGAUUAUCUCAGACAACAAUGGGAGAGGCGUGGCUAUUGAAAACCUUAGAUCUCAGAUUCACAUACAUCGAACUUCGAUAUCCAAUAACAAUCACGUAGCUGGUCUACAUGUUGUCAGCGGCGCAGGUGAUGUCAAUGUAACAGAGAGCAGAAUAUCGUUCAACCAAGGAGAUGGUGUCAAUAUAACUGUAACCGGUGGUAAUAGGAAUAUUUCUAGAAGCAUACUGAGUUCCAAUCAAGGUCACGCCGUAGCCGUUUGGCUAAAUGAUACUUCGGAGACUGAAUAUGUAGCAUUGAACCAAACAACAGUAAUCGAAUAUUCAGAAAUAUUUAAAAACCUUGACGUGGGAAUAAUGCACGGAAACUUUUGUGGCAAUAGUUGGGUAAACAUUACAGGUAAUUGGUUUAAUACGAGCAGCGAAAGUACAAUAAAUAUCUUAACUUGUUGGAGACUCAACAACCCGAUCAAAUUAUUGAACCUUCAAAUCGGACACAAUAGGUUUUAUGAAAAUCAAAAAGUCCCGGUGAAAAUACAACCUGCACUGAAUGUGAACGGUAGAAUCGAACACAAUUAUUUUGAACAAGGAAGUUAUGGUGCCAUAGUUAUACUAAAUAGGAUAGAAGGAAACUAUAUUGAAGAAUUCGAAAUGUUACCGGCUAAUUUUCGUAUCCAACAAAAUUAUUUUUUUGGCAAUCGAGGCCCUUUCGUUGUCAACCUGGGCUUAUCGCCCUACAGUGAUAUUCAAUACAUAUUGUUCACUCGUAACUACCUAAGAGACAACAAAAUAAAACAAUCUUUUGAGCCUAUAGAAGGUCAGAAUACUCGGCUAACUCCUAGAAGUAGAGUGGCCGCUACCAUAGUAUUAUCUUCUAGCAAUAUUGACGUUUUUAGAAACAUAAUUAGCAAUCCUGAAGCUCAGUACGAAAUCGGUUCCCAUGUUGAAGAUCAAAGCAAAAUCCUGAACUGUACAUAUAAUUGGUUGGGUUUUGGUGAAGAGGAGAAAGUCUAUAACAGACUCUUCCACAGGAAAGACAGAUAUAAUCUGGCGAAAAUUGUUUACAUGCCUUAUUUAUUGCAUAGCAGCAACCCUGGUGCUACUCAAAUUAAUUUUAAUUCCUUACACGUUCCUCAGUUUAAUGUUCCUGGUACGUUUGUUGUUGGUGGUGAAGUGGAAGGUAUAGAAGUAUUAAAACAAGGAGAAUAUGAUGUAGAUAAAGAUAUUAAUAUUCGCCCAGGCGGUAAACUUGUUCUGAAGUCUGGUGUGACUUUGAAAUUUCCACCUGCUAUUGGUAUGAUGGUGGCAGGAAAACUAGAAGCAAGAGGGAACCGGCCCAAUGAUAUAACUUUCACUCUUAAAGAAGAAAUAGUUAUGUCAAAUGAAACUUAUUGUGAAACGGACUCUGAACCAACGACUCCUGGAUACAUAGAUCCCGUAGUACCAAUAAGACUUUUGGGCGGGAGAAAUCCAAAUGAAGGAAGAUUACAAGUGAGGAUAGAUGAUAAAUGGGGCACUGUGUGUAACUACCGUUGGAAUAUUAUCAAUGCAGCAUUAGUUUGCAAUCAAUUAGGCCUUGCUUUGAACCCAGAUGAUUGGUUCUUAGAGCCAAGUGAAAUACCAAUUGCAGGAAUCACUGAAGACAUUAUUUUAUCAAAUGUAGAAUGCACUGAAUUUGACAAUGAUAUUACAAAAUGUAAAGCAGAAACCAGAGACCAUUUUGAAAAUUCAUGUACGCAUGAUAAUGAUGUGGGAAUCAGAUGCUACGAAACAAGUUGGGCGGGAAUUAGAUUUAGCGUAAUAUCAGAACGUUCUGAUUUACAAUAUGUUACAAUUGAGAAAUCUGGACUGUUAGAUUAUUCUUCGAACCUCUUUAAGCCAGCACUUCAAAUUGAUUUUGCUAGACACAGUUUGGAAAGCGUUAAAAUUGCAAAUAAUUAUCAUGAUGGGUUGGGUAUACUCUAUUCUGACUUGUAUGGAGCCGAUGCGAUCAAUACCGUCCGAAAUUCAGAAUUCAGUAACAAUAAAGGUAGCGGUAUCAGCUUUAAGCAGUUAGGUUUAAAAGUGUAUGGAUCUACCAUAGAAAAUAACAAUGUGGCCGGCGUAUAUCACAAUCCUCACAUCACAGGACCACAGCAAAGAGAAAUAGCUGGAUGGUUUAAUUUAGAUGUAGGAUUUAACUUCGAUGAGUCGAAUUACCGUCCCAUUAUUAUUCCCGAUUAUGAAACCGACAUUUCUUUAGUAAACGGUGAAACAAGACAUAUUGUUUUCGCGAAAAGUCACGGAGAGAAUAUCGCGAAAACUUAUAAUAUAAAGUGCAAUCCUGGUUACGUGCUAGGUUUGCAGUUAUUGAAUCCAAUUCACAACUUCUCGACUGAACGCAUUUGUAUUUAUGAUUCUCAAAAUAUCAACGAAGGGAGUACGCAGUGGUGUCUUGAUCGAGACUUAUCUACAUUUCCUACAACAAGUAAUAGUUUUGGCAUAGUGCUUACUUACGAGAGUGGUACGUCGGCUUUAGGAGGUGUGGUUUUGGUUGUUAGUACAAUUGUAGCUCCAGUACAAAAUCUGAGAAACAGAAUAAUCAAAGGACCAGUACCGACUCUUCAACUGAUAAAUACAAAAAUUAAAGGAAACACAAAAGGUAUAAAAGCGCUAUACUACAAUCGUUAUUUAAAUGAAUUAGGAGAUCACUUCUUAAGAAAAGCAAACGAAAGCAUCAAAAUAUUCAAUUGCGAAAUAGCUCAUAAUAAGGAAGAAGCUAUUUACGUCAAUACACCGUUUUGGGAUAUCCACGAAAGUAACAUCACUGAGGUAACUAUUAUGGUUAACAAUAGUCUAAUAACAGACAAUGGAAAAGGUAUAUAUCACUUUGCCAGAGAUCUGAGAAGCUCUAACAAUCUGUACCACUAUCUCAUGCAAGAUAAUACCAUAGAAAGAAAUAAACUUGGUGGCUUUGAUGUAAGUUUACCGUACGUUUGGCAAUACAAUGAAAAUUUCACACAUUCGGUUUACAUGUACAAUAAUACGUGGAGAAACAAUCAGAAUUUCGGUUUAGUAAUAGAUGGACAUUUCGCUGAAGUGAACCUAACAAAAAAUAUCUUCACCGAUAACAACUGCAAAUACGGUCUCAUAUCGAUUCGAGGAAUGGAAAAGAAGAUGAUGGUUGAUGGAAAUCUUAUAGAAAGGAAUAAUGGUCAAUUUAUGGUCCAAUUCCAUAUGGACAGUCAAAGUGAAAUUAUGGGCUUAGUCUAUGCUGUUUUUGUUUACAAUAAAGUUAAAAAUAAUCAAUACGCGAGCUUCGUUAAUCGGGGAGCACAACUUAAGACGGUAGACCCAACAUGUGUCAUCGGUUUCAAAGGAAUUCAAAAAGUGAAAGUGAGCAGAAAUUUAUUUGGGGGUAAUGCUUUAGAAUACACCCUUGUGGCUGGCAUAAAAACAGCGAAAAUAAAUAAUUUAUUAGAUGUUACCGAGAAUUGGUGGGGCAGUACCAUAGAACAGGAAAUCAAAAAGCAAAUAUUUGACUUUGACGACUGGAAUAAUCAUGCUAUAGCGGUUUAUUUACCGUAUCUACUAGAAGAAGAUUUCGAAGCAAGCCUUUCACCAACAUUUAGUCCUGAUAGUGUUAUAGAUUUAAAUGAACUAGGUGGAAGACUGACAUCCAAUUUAACUAUAGAAGCUAGAUUAGCUCCGUAUGUAAUUAGAUCAGAUAUAACAGUAAUGCCAGAUGUAACUUUGAUUAUCAACCCUGGUGUAGUAAUGGAAUUUGCACCGAAUGUUGGUAUUCUUGUAAUGGGUAUAUUGCAGGCUGCAGGUCACAUUCAAUUGCCGAUCGUAAUGAGACCAAUAACAACGGCUAGCAAUGUGGAAAUUAGUAGAAAAGAAAGAGAAGUCGGAUUGUAUUCCUCAAUACACCAUCAAUAUAGGAGACAAUUGGAAUCGUUCACGUUGCCGAAUUCUAUUAGGCUUUGCACGGGAAGGAAUUGUUCCAUUAAUGAUAAUAUCGCUGAAAAGCGUAACGAAGGAUUUCUCGAAUAUUACAACAAAACUACACUUCAAUGGGUGCCGAUGUGUGACAAUCGCUUCACAGAAAGGAACGCUCAAGUAGUAUGUAGAGAAUUGGGUUUUGAUCCCAUUAAUGUAUUCUUUUCACAUGACCGCCGAGUGGAAUAUCACAGUAAUUCCUUAUCUAGAAUCUGGUCUUGGCCGGAGCCUUUGCAAUGCGUUGGGACUGAGAAUCGCUAUGACGAUUGCCCAAUAAGAUUAAACGGACAACUAUACGGUCAUCGGCACGAGUGUAAAUGGGAUUCUGAAUACGUUUUUAUACAUUGCGGAAUGAGGAACCUCGAAGAGGUCUACGACUAUUGGGGUGGCAUAAGGUUUGCCAAUCCUGAAUUUGAAUAUUCACUAUACGAACAUCGAAUUCACGACCAUCAUACGCACGAAACAAUGAAGAAGAUGGAAAGCGAGCUUCGCCAUCUGCAGAUCACUGGUGCAGGAUUACUUCACAAUGAAAAAUCACCAGCAGUUCAAAGUAUCGUCAAGAAUCCCGUCAUAAGGAAUGUUAAUAUAACCAAAUGUGCUCAUCAUGGUAUCAAUUUAAUAUCACCGACAGAUACUAUGAGUAUCAUGUUUAAUUCCGUGAAUGACGUACUAGGUGAAGGCGUAAGUGCUAUAUCUUUGAACGGAGAAGGCAGAGAAUCUGAAGAAUCUAGUUUUACACCUUUGAAGGAUUUAAAUCUACCAUAUCAUAUGUUUUCGCUGAUUGAUAUUUGUGAUAGUACAAAAAUGAUUACCGUCGAAGAAAGAGUGCUCGUUUAUUACAAAUACGACAACAAUCCAGUCAAUUGUGUGAAAAUAUUCAAGAGUAUGUACAGGGUGAAACCGUUCGGAUUUCGUCUGCUGCAAUUCAAUUUAUUCAAUCAUACGACGAAUUAUGGGAAAAGGGACUCUCUGACUUUGUAUGACGGUGACAUUUACAACAUAACGGCUCCGAUGAUUGGAUAUUUAGAAAACGGUUCGCCCGACGAAAAGAAACUGUUUAGAACAGAAGGUGCAAGCUUGAGUAUCAAGUUGUUUGCUAAUGGCGCUUCGGCUGUUCACGGAUUCAUAGCUGAAGUCGUAACACUGCCUAUAUCCGCAAUAGGAUUCAAUCGCGACGUCCAACAUAACAUAUCGAACAGCGAAUUCAUAAAGAACAGAGACGGCGCGAUCACGUAUCAAUCUGUCGGCGAAGUGAAUCCUCUGGUCGCGAUCACUAGGAACGAGAUCAUAGGAAACUGUCUCAAGCUGUACGGAAACUUCACGACCUGCCAGUCCGUUGUUAGAGUGGACGUACAGAAUACGCAAACGCUGGUGUUUAGGAAUAAUUUGGUGCGAGAUAACGUCGGCGGGUUGCUCGUUAGGGCAGAUUCAAGAGGCUCGGCUACAUCCCUUCGCGGCUGGAUUCACAAUAAUCUCUUCUUCAGGAACCACGAUUUACCAUGUCUUAAAGUGGAAGGUCGUCAGUCCUCGCCGUAUCAAGAGGUGACGAUAUACCGCAAUUACUUCACCAGGAAUCGGGUGCCGUUCGAUGACGUCAUCGUUCUGCGUCAAGUCGUCUCCAACUUCACGUACAACUACGUACACGACAACACCGGCCUCCGGAUCCUCGAGGUGUCGGGCUUCGAUAAAGUCAGACUUCCGAUUUAUCAGACCACUUCGCAUAACGGUUUCUAUAAGAACUACGCAACAGAUCGCGAAGGCCGAGCCACUAUAGUCGCGGGAACAGCCGGUCAGAGCUACGUCGACAAUAUAUUUUUCAAUCCCGACAACGACUACGAAAUGAUUACCGUUAAUCGAUCUAUCUUGCUUGACUAUAAUCCAAACGUAAUGAGUUCAUUAGACCUAUGGCGAACCCGUAUCGACGCGAAGCACAACUACUGGAGUUACAACGUGACGUUGGCGGUGGCCGGCCGCAUCAGGGACCAGGCCGACGACCCCUCGCUCGUGGAGGUGGACUAUCGUCCGUUCUACAUGAACAACCUGACGGUGCUGGGGGGCGGGAAGUGUCCCCCGGGCUGGGACGCGCUCGCCGGCACCUGCUACAUGUACGUCGGGGCUCCCAUGACGUACGACGAAGCCAGACAGUUCUGCUUGUCCGACAACGCGUCGAUGCCGUACGUGACGGGCAAGUACGAGGUGCUGUACGACUUCAUCCACCGUCAGAACCAGUGGUUCCAGUACGGGGACAGGGUCUGGGUCAACCACAUCGAUUACGUCACGCAGUGCACCUCGUUCGCCUUCUCCUCAGUCGAGAUCACCGACUGUAAUCAGAAGAACGCUUUUAUUUGCGAGAUCGAUCCGAAAAUAGUGAUAGACCCGAUGUCUUGGCGUGGGGACUCUCUGGCGGUGGCGUUUAUCGGCGUGCUGGUAGCAGCCGUGCUGCUGGUAGGCGCGGCGCUCGUCUGCUGGUACACCAAGUCGAAGCACAGACACGUUCAGAGAUUAGAGAGGCGAAAUUCAAUCAGACAGUCGCUGCAUUCGGUGCGGUCUAUUGGAAGCAUCAACGGGGGAUUCCCCGAUACGAACUACAGAAGGAAGAUGGCGCAAAUGAGCACCCGUUCCACGGAAACCCUUACGAAGGGCUCUGAUUACCGCAAGAUGUUGGCUUCAACCGUCUCAAUGGAGUCGAUGGAGAAGAGUCAAUUCAAUUCCUCGAUCGAAGACAACCAAAGCUUCGACGUUUACGAAGCUCACAACCUGAACAACAUAAUACAGCUGAAGCACAGUAAUUUCGUUAAGAAACCGAACAGUCCAGAAUAUUCUGUGCCCCAAAACAACGCUAGGCCCUUUAAUUUAGCGUUUAGGAACGACGGCUACAGAGACUCCGGUCAGAAUAGUGGUGCACCCUCAAUCAGCACGGUGAUGACCGAAGAAAUCCCGAUCAUUCAUCAUCCGGGUGGAAUGAGUUCGCCUCAGGACGACGAGAUGUUGUCUCCUACAAAUAACGCGCAAUAUUACGCAUCGGACACUCUGCCGCUGCGAGAUCUCGGCAGAUCUGAUGAUAAUCUAGAAUUCAAGAGGGAUCCGGAUAAAGAAGGGAAAAUGUAUGGGCCCUACGGUGCGCCUAAUUACGGGGGUCAACCGAAGCUCUCGUUCUUGAUGGAGUUGAGGUCGAAAAUGCCCGAUCAGCCACAAGCCGGUUCCACGCCGACCACUACGUUUGGUCAGAGAAAUAAUAUUCCAGAUCAUCAGCCAUACUACGAAGAUAAUCUACCUUCCCCUCAGCCGCCGGUAUACUCCAGUCCCUACAGCGACAACACGCAAUCCGAGAUGAUACCGAGCUACGACUCGAGUCCGCAGGAUUUAUCCAGAGAGUUCGACGAGUCGCCACUACCCGAACUACACCACAAAUCAAAGUCCGAAGCGUUACUGGAAACGAAUUUCGAUUUUGACGACGACACCAGCCCUUUGCCGAUUUCGGAAGCCUGUCGCUCGCACAGUCAACCUUUAGAAACGGCAAUGUAACAUUCCAUUCACUAUUCAUAAGUAAUCUAUAUAUAUAUAUAUAUAAAUGAAUUGCUGUUCGUUAGUCUCGCUAAAACUCGAGAACGGCUGGACCGAUUUGGCUAAUUUUGGUCUUGAAUUAUUCGUGGUAGUCCAGGGAAGGUUUAAAAGGUGAGAAAAUAUAAAAAAAGCUCGGAUAUAUAUAAAAACAAACAAUUUUGUUUUUCCUUUGAUGUGUCCCCUUGAUGUGUCUUUUAUUUAUUUAUUGAGGCACUAUGAAGUCUGCCGGGUCAACUAGUAAUUAAUAAAUACAUUAUAAUUUGCGUAAUUACUGGUGGUAGGACCUCUUGUGAGUUCGCGCGGAUAGGUACCACCACCCUGCCUAUUUCUGCCGUGAAGCAGUAAUGCGUUUCGGUUUGAAGGGCGGGGCAGCCGUUGUAACUAUACUUGAGACCUUAGAACUUAUAUCUCAAGGUGGGUGGCGCAUUUACGUUGUAGAUGUCUAUGGGCUUCAGUAACCCCUUAACACCAGGUGGGCUGUGAGCUCGUCCAACCAUCUAAGAAAUAAAAAAAUACGACUGUAUUUAGUUUUAAGUGGACUAAAGCAAAUUAGACUGAGUUAAGUCCUUUUUUAAAUUUGAUCGUAAGGUAUUAUUGGAUUGCGUGCACGUGCAAUGAUAAUUAAGCAAGUGUACCCCAAAAACAAAACAAUCUAAAGCUAGUUAUAAGUCGAAUGUAAUUAACCUGACACAAACAUCAAAAACUGUUUUUCUAAAAUAUUAAUGAUAAUCAAUAAAUGAAACUUGAUGAUUUUAAUAUUAUAUUUUUAACACAACAUAACAUAUUCAACGCAUUACAUCAUAUGUGAAUAAUCGUUAUGUUUUAAUGUACAUGUUAUGAUUAGUUAUCCUCUUAUUUUGGCACCGAAUGAUGUCAAGUGUAAUGAAAUUUAGCCGCCAUUUUUUUAAGUUUUCGCGGGAAUAUUAAACCUAUGAAUUAUCCGGUCCCCUAAGCAGUUGACCGUCAUAGAAAAUUGAUAUUUGUGAACAUUAUUAUCCUGUUAAAAAAGUUUUGUAUAAAAUUUGCACUUGCGCAAUUAAUGUCUUGUUACGCCAAAAAAAUUUGGUUUAUUUUCUUCUACUGUGUUCGCUCUGUAAAAGUGAUUUAUUAUUCCAACAUUCCAUUUUAACGCUGUAUGUAUUAACAGUUUGAUUUUUAUUGUUAUAAUUUACCAGAGAAGCACGAUCUCAAAUGCUAUAACGCAUUAGAAAAUAAUUAUUAUAGGCUGCGAAAACAGCUAUAUAAAAAUAAAAUAUUUUUUCGUAUUGACUUACAUUACGGGACGGGAGUUGUUCUAGACAAAGAUAGAAUAGUGACGCUGGUGAUUUAGCUUCCAGAACAAACCUCAGAAGUGUAUGUUUUUAGUACUGUAAGAUGUUUAUAUUAUGGAAAACAUUUUAACAGAAUCGUGGCCUAGCAUUAAAGUCUCAUUACGAAACUGUGAUUGCUAGCGAUUAAAGCUACUGUACAAAAUAUUGAAGUUUUUAACAGCAAUGUUUGCGUUUAAACCGUUUGCCUAUCUACCAGCGUUAAAAAAAAAAAUUGUUUACGCUUGCAUUGCAAUAACUAUGUCCGUCCUAAUUGUUUUUAAUCAUUCAUGUAUUGUGAAUGAAUUUAUAUUUUGAAAAGAGUACUUAUAUAUUAAUAUGUAUACAAAGAAUAUUUCUAUAAAAAAUAAGUCUUUACAUUAUUUACAUCACUUAAUUAUACGGUAUAGAAUUUAUAAUUUUACAUUUAGAUUAUUUAGGUUCUAAUGAAUUUUACGUCUUAUUAUCUUGAAUAGGUACAAUUAAAAUUAUGCUUUAAUCAAUCAGUAAUAUACAAUGUUAGGAAAAAUUAAUCUACGAGAAACAACGUAAGUAACAUAUCAAUAAACGGUAAAAUAUUUUUACAAAAACAA